GAUGGGCUCGCGAUCGGACGAACUGUCGGUCUCCGGGACACCGGGGACCAAGGGUUGGUGAGCCGGACUUGCCAUCAAACUGUGCAAUUCGAGUCCAGCUUGCCGAGCAGACGAUACGAAAUUGCAGAACCGCUACAGAUUUGGGGCAUGCCUUCAAUUAUGCGUCUGUCUGCAAGAGGGGAGACAGUAAUGGGCUAUGUGUUGCCAAUCUGGGCUCGUUGGGCUAGCUCGAGGGCGUAG